UCUACCACUGGGUUGGGUACAGGAACUUAUUCCGUUGGCAGCCGAUACACCUGAUCAGAGAGUACCUUGGCGAAAGGACAAAUAUGACGACCUAAGAGUGUGCAAAAAGUGUCGCAGUGCGAAGACUUGUCCCUACCGGUUCAUGGAUGAUUACGAAAAGGAAGUGAAAUUUAAAGUUUUUAUCGACAACCCAUACAACCUUCUUGCUAGCUACGUGGCGAUAAUGGGGCUACUUUUGCUGUACGCAUUGUGGAGGAGGAGAGAUUACUAUUUGUCGUGGAUGUGGGAGACUAAUGAGAAAUAUGAUAAGAAAAUGCCAAGACCUGAAUUUAGACCAACGGAGAGAGUUCCACCUUACGUCACUUAUUCGUUUAAGAUGAAUCCGAAACUGCUAGGGUCUCUCAGAGAUAUUAACUUCACUAAGAUAUUGAAAAAGUGUGUCGAAUUUUUUGUUCUACUGAUUUUGUUAGUUGUUUGCGUGUUCGUUUAUAUAUCACUAAUGAUACUGUUUUCAAACUUGGUACUGACCAAAUUUCACAAGUUAGAAGUGACAGUUAAAGAAAAAAAAUUACGAGUGGACCAAUCUAAGUAUAACUAUUACUGUAUGGACAUACUGGGUACUCUUAACGGGAUUUUUGUCUUGUUUGCAGAAACGUUGUGGGUUAGUCUAGCGAAGGCACUGACAGACCUUUUGAACACACGCACUCAACUGGAUUAUGAGAGAAGUCACGUUUUCAAGCUAUUUGGGAUGAGUUUGAUUAUCAAUUUCAACUUGAUUUUCUUCUAUGCUUUUUUGAAGGGUGCAUUUUAUACAUUUCCACACGAUCGUGACAGGAAAAAUAUGUACUUAGGGAUAUCAGACAUGAACUGUGGCAUGGGGACGUGUAUCGAUGAACUAUAUUUGAUAUUCCUGUCUACUUUCAAGGUUAAGAAGAUUUACCAGGAAGUUAUAAGUCUACUAAAGAGGAGGAAGCUCAAAACGGACGUGUUUCCAUUGGACGACGGGUACGUUGACGUGCCGUGCUGGGAAAGGGAAUACCAACUACUGCCUGUCACUCAACACUACAUUAUGGAUAGACUCAACAAAAUAUUCAUCUUGCUCUGCCAAGGCACAUUCUUCGUGUGUAUAUUUCCGUUGGCGCCAAUAAUUAUAUUCAUGUUUUGCGUUUGGGAAAUAAGGUACUGGGCUAAGGAACUCAUUGUUCACAGCCGGCGACCCCUUAUACCCCAAAACUGGGGAUUAUCGAUGUGGAAGUAUGUUCUGCUUUUCAUGCCGUUUUGUGCUGCAUUCGUCAACUCGCUGACGUGGGCGCGUCACACACAUUACCUGGAUAGACAGAUGAAUGACCGGUACUUCCGCUGGGUCGUGGAGCGCCGCUUUUUCGCUGACCACUACAUGGGCUUCUUCGAGUUUAGCGACACGAAACUAGUUGACAAUGAGCUGGAUAUAGGUCCUGGUCCCAACGACACAGUACCAGACUUCUGCAUGUUCCCAGGCAUGUUUCCUCUACCAUACAAUAAGGGAUAA